AUGAAUAAGUAUGUGAAAAAGGGUGUUGUCGUAGCUGUCAUAGCUUCUCUCGUGCUCACUCUUUUCUUUUACCCAUAUAUGGGUUUGAACUUGAAAAAUGAGGAUGAUAGAGGACGUCUGGAUUGCAUAAAAACAGCACCUUUUUCUCUACCGCCUGAGGCAUAUGAAUAUGGUUCGAUAUUUUUCAUCCCUGCUAACUAUAGCGAUAAUUUACAAACGUUUGCUCUGGGUUCCAUCUAUUUAAGCUUUUUACUUGGAAUCCCUACUGUGACAUGUGGACUGCUUUUGAUAAAGAGUUUAAAAAACCAUGCAAAGCAAACAACUUCAUUCACGUUCUCCAAAACGCAGCAAAAACUUACAAGAGCUGUCUUGGGCUUGAUGUUGAUGGAAGUUUUCGCAGUGAUAAUGCCAGCUAUUCUACUGUUCGGGCCUCCCAUAUUCUUCAUAUACAUUCCUUAUAUCUCAUUUGUUUGCACGAUAGUUGUUAGUAUACAUCUGAUCACCGGAAGCCUUUGGAUACUCAUAGCAAGUCCUGCUUAUGAAAAUAUAAUAAUUAAAUUGAUCAGAAUUUUCCUUCCAAUACAAUGUCUCAAAAUCGACAAAAACUAUGAAGCAAAAGUGGAUAUUGUUCAACUCAGAACAAUAACGAUAUGA